AUGUCGCAACCCUCAUUUUUAGGCCGUGUAAUCCCGGACAAUGUAGCGCGAGUGAUUGUCGCUGUUAUAUUAACUGUAAUAGCGUGGGAUGCUGCCAAUUUUGGUUUAUAUUGGGUUUAUAAAUUGGAAGUAUAUCUGAUCUUCGGAACUGUACUGACUGUCAUGGUUUUGGCUAUAUUCGUUUUUUUGCGUACUACACAUGAUUGUGAACGUUUUAUGGAGGGAGAUAAGAAUGAGGAUGAAGAUGAGGAUGAGGAUGAGGAAAGUGAAAUUACGUGGGGAAUAGCAGUUGGAUGUUAUGUUAUUAUCGUAAUUCUUAUCAUUGUCUUUCCAAAAUUUCGUUUUACCCGAUGUCAUCUUCGUAAUGCCACAAUCCAGAAUUUUAGUAAUCACAUAAUCUCUUCUCACGCGCUAAAAUGGAUCAAUUCUAGCUGUCCUCCGCUCUUUUUAGAUAAUACUUAUGAUCGCUACGUUAAUGUCACAGAUAACGUUUAUAAUUG